UCUCCCCCUCCCAAUCAUAAGCUCCUCAGCCAAUAGGUAGUGCUGUGCAGUUGACUGGGCUCAGACCGGUCUUUUUAUUCCACAGUGUGUUGGCUAAGGAUAGGACUGAGACGCAACGAUUGCCGGCAAUAUUAACACACACACACCAAUAUUAUAAGGGAUUACUGUAAAGCAUUAAAUUUACCUAGGAGAAAUAAGUACACCCAAUCUGUGGGUUAAACAAACAUAUAUUCAGGAGUAGAGACAACAAUGGACUGUAGAAAGCAAAUGCUAAAAUCAGAAGAUGGGUAUUUAUUAAGAUUAGCACUUAUGCAGCACCUGGAAUGUUCUACCUGUUGGCUGUACUGAGGGUCUUUCAGUGUCCCAUGCUGAGGGGAUCCCUGAUGGAGGUAAGUCCAUCUCUCUAGCACUCAAGAAGCCUCUAGAAUCUACAGGUUCUUCUUUCAAGUUCUGGUAGCGAGCUCAGAAGACUGAUGGGAAUGAUGUGGACUGUAACAAACCUCACUUUCCCAGUGGCUGAGCCCAACUCAACCAGCGACUUAUCCCACCAGCUCGAUGUGGACACUGACUUCUCCUCCAAAGUUUUCAUCACCGUCUUCUACAUCCUCAUCUUCUUGGUGGGCACCAUCGGCAACGUUCUGACCAUCAGGCUGGUGCUGAAGAAGCACAACCGGCACAAGCUGCAGGGCACGGUGCACUAUCACCUGGUCAGCAUGGCUCUGUCCGACAUCCUCAUCCUCCUCAUCAGCAUUCCCAUCGAGCUCUACAACUUCAUCUGGGUCCACUACCCCUGGAUUUUCGGGGACGCCGUUUGCAGGAGCUAUUACUUUCUGAGGGACAUCUGCUCCUAUGCCACAGUGCUGAACAUCACCAGCCUGAGCUGCGAGAGAUACCUGGCCAUCUGCCACCCCAUGACUGCCAAGAGGAUCAUGUCCAAGAUGAGGACCAAGAAAAUCCUCUCGGUUAUAUGGUUCUCCUCUGUGGUGUUUGCCAUGCCUAUGGCUUUUAUCAUGGGGGUCAAGUAUGAGAACACAACCCCAGAGGGAGAAGAGGACCCAUCUUCCCUCAUAUGCACCAACCUAGUUUCUACUGCCACCCUGAAGGUCUUUAUACAGGUAAAUGUGUUUGUAUCAUUCCUUCUUCCUCUGGCGCUGAUCUCCUGCUUGAACUGUGUGACUGUGAAUCAGCUUGAGUCCUUGCGCUCUCGCUACUUCUUGUCCCUGCAUUCCUCCAGCAAAGCUCCUCAGGCUUCCUACAGAGCACACAUGUCCCUCAAGCCUAUUCCUUCAUCACCUGUGGUUAAAAAGCCCUCUGCUGCUGGAGCAACCUGCAAGAGUAGUCUCACCGUGUCCAGUGAACCAAACCGCAUACAGCCUCUCCAGCACAGCAUUUACAUGCUCAGAGCAAUUGUGAUUGCCUAUGUGGUGUGCUGGCUGCCGUACCAUGCAAGGAGACUCAUGUUCUGUUACAUCCCAGAUGAUUACUGGACUGGGUUUCUGUACACCUUCUACCACUACUUCUACAUGCUGACCAACACCCUUUUCUACGUCAGUUCCGCGGUCAAUCCCAUCCUGUACAACAUGGUGUCCUCUUCCUUCCGAGAACUCUUCCUGGAGACACUUGGCUUCUCCCGCCGACGCAAAGAGCAAAACCUGAAUCCCUCCGUAUCGGGACAAACCAGUCUCAGGAGCGAUACGUGCGCUCACAAUACUCAGGCCAAUCACCAACUAGCUGGCAAGGAAGAGGCUGCCAAUGGGAAGAUGUAGGGAAGCUCACCAAGGGCAACUUCAAGUCCUCUAAUGUGUUUUUCCCAGUGUUAAAUUUCCUUAAAAUCCUGAUAAGAGCAUGAGGCGUAACUAUAGGGGGAGGAGAGCUGACUGCAGGGGGGCCAGUAAGGACAAGCCUGAAAUGUUUAUGGUUAAAGGGAAACUGUAUCCAAUUUUUUUUGUAUAUUAAAGAUGUAAUUCUAAGCAGCUUUCCACUAUACAUUCAUUAGCAACUCUCAUUGGUUUUAGCAUUGGAAUUAAAACA